AUUUGUGACUUAAAUGAAUUGUGUUCAGUGCUUUGGUUGUAUACUAUGAUGCAGUCUCACUCUCUCCUCUGUGUCCCUGUAUGUUUGCGUUUGAUUUGACAGCCUCUCUGUGUAUGUCCGUGUCUCAGGGCUCGUUUGGAGCACUGCAGAAGAUCUGCGAGGACUCUUCGGAGCUGCUCGACAGCGACGCUCUGAACAGACCUCUCAACAUUAUGAUCCCCAAAUUCCUCCAGUUCUUCAAGCACUGCAGCCCCAAGAUUAGGUCUCAUGCCAUCGCCUGUGUGAACCAGUUCAUCAUCGGCAGAGCCCAGGCCCUAAUGGACAACAUCGACACAUUCAUAGAGAGUCUUUUUGCGCUGGCAGCAGAUGAGGACUCUGAGGUUCGAAAGAACGUGUGCCGAGCCCUCGUCAUGUUACUGGAGGUCCGCGUCGACCGCCUCAUCCCACACAUGCACAGCAUCAUCCAGUACAUGCUGCAGAGAACCCAGGACCCCGACGAGAACGUGGCUCUGGAGGCCUGCGAGUUCUGGCUGACUUUGGCUGAGCAGCCCAUCUGUAAGGAGAGUCUGUCCGGACACCUGGCGCAACUGACGCCUAUCCUGGUCAAUGGGAUGAAGUAUUCAGAGAUAGACAUCAUACUAUUAAAGGGCGAUGUGGAGGAGGAGGACGAGGCGGUACCGGAUAGCGAUCAGGAUAUCAAGCCCAGAUUCCACAAGUCACGCACCGUCACCCUGCAGCACGAAGGAGCAGAGGGUGAGCAGGACAAUGACGACGAUGAUGACGAUGAUGAUGAUGACGACGACACGCUGUCUGACUGGAACCUGCGAAAGUGUUCAGCUGCAGCGCUGGAUGUGCUCGCCAACGUGUUCCGUGACGACUUGCUGCCCCACCUCCUGCCGCUGCUGAAAGGCCUCCUCUUCCACCCCGACUGGGUCAUCAAGGAGUCUGGCAUCCUGGUGUUGGGGGCCAUAGCUGAGGGCUGCAUGCAGGGCAUGGUGGCCUACCUGCCAGAGCUGAUCCCUCACCUUAUCGCGUGUCUUUGUGAGAAAAAGGCCCUGGUGCGCUCCAUUGCGUGCUGGACCCUGAGUCGCUAUGCACAUUGGGUGGUCUCCCAGCCCCCCGACUCCUACCUCAAACCCCUUAUGACAGAACUUCUUAAACGCAUCCUGGACAGCAACAAGAGGGUGCAGGAGGCCGCUUGCAGUGCGUUUGCCACCCUGGAAGAGGAGGCGUGCACAGAGCUGGUGCCCUACCUGAGCUUCAUCCUGGACACACUGGUGUUUGCCUUUGGGAAGUACCAGCACAAGAAUCUCCUCAUUCUCUACGAUGCCAUAGGAACCCUGGCAGACUCAGUGGGUCACCACCUCAACCAGCCGGAGUACAUUCAGAAGCUGAUGCCCCCCCUUAUUGCCAAGUGGAACGAGCUGAAAGACGAAGACAAGGAUCUCUUCCCACUACUAGAGUGUCUGUCUUCAGUAGCCACCGCCCUGCAGAGUGGUUUCCUGCCUUACUGUGAGCCCGUCUAUCAGCGCUGUGUCACACUGGUCCAGAAGACUCUAGCUCAAGCUAUGAUGUACAACCAGCAUCCAGACCAGUAUGAAGCUCCUGAUAAGGACUUUAUGAUCGUGGCCUUGGACCUGCUGAGCGGCCUGGCCGAGGGUUUGGGGGCUAGUGUUGAACAGCUGGUGUCCCGAUCGAACAUCAUGACUCUGCUUUUCCAGUGCAUGCAGGACACGAUGCCCGAGGUGAGGCAAAGCUCCUUCGCUCUGCUGGGGGAUCUCACCAAGGCGUGCUUCCUGCAUGUUAAGCCCUGCAUUGCUGAGUUCAUGCCCAUCCUGGGACUCAACCUGAACCCAGAGUUUAUCUCGGUGUGUAACAACGCCACCUGGGCCAUUGGAGAGAUCGCCAUGCAAAUGGGUGCAGAGAUGCAGCCGUACGUGGGCGUGGUUAGGUGGUAUGGAUUCAAGUCAAUUCAAAUGCUAGAUGUCCACUGGUUGUGUUUUAAAUUUUUAUUUUGAUGCACAUGUGACAGUUUUAUUUUUAUUUUGUUUCUGAUAUGUUUUUUGUGUCCCAGUGCACACAUUUAUUUUUGACUUUAAAAGUUUUUUUUUUAUUUAACGAAUAAUUUUUUUUCAGUGUUUUAUAGCGGACCAUUUGAUUAUGUCAAAUCUGAUGUUGUGGUUGGACUGAAGGAGGGUCGGUGCUUGCUAUGCUUGGUGCAUACCUUAGGGAAGAAUGUGGAAAAACUAAUUCAUAACUUUUUUUCAAUCUGAUAUCAAGGCUGGCAAUUUAAUUCAAUGCAGUACCUUAUUUUUUGCUCAACUGUGGUGCAGAUGGGAUGUUAUCCAACGUAUCUUUUUAUUUAAUUUUCUGUGAAUAGGGGAAAAUAAAUGGUUUUCUAUUAAGA